GUGACUGACGGGCUGGGCUUCGGCGCCGCCUUCAGUCUCCGGGCGCUAGCUGGCGGAGGCGGCUGGACCGUUAGCUCGCCAGGCUGGCAGGCUCCGGGACGCUCCUCCGCCGGCAGCCGGGAUGGAGACGAUGCGAGCGCAGCGCCUGCAGCCCGGGGUGGGCACUAGCGGGAGGAGCACUCUGAGAGCGCUACGACCCGGAGUGACCGGGGCUGUGGCUGCCUCCGCCACACCCCCCGCGGGUCCCCCGCCGCCCCCCGCCCCGCCCCCGCCGCCCCUGCUCCUGGCGGGGGCCGCGGGGCUGCAGCUACCGGCGGGGGCGGCCGGCAGCCCUGCGGUGCUGCGCGAGGCUGUGGAGGCCGUGGUGAGGAGCUUCGCCAAGCACACCCAGGGCUACGGCCGAGUGAACGUGGUGGAGGCACUUCAGGAGUUCUGGCAGAUGAAGCAGUCCCGUGGAGCAGACCUGAAGAAUGGGGCUCUGGUAGUUUAUGAGAUGGUCCCCUCAAACAGCCCUCCCUAUGUCUGCUAUGUCACCCUGCCUGGGGGCAGUUGCUUUGGGAGUUUCCAGUUUUGCCCAACAAAAGCUGAAGCCCGGCGCAGCGCUGCAAAGAUUGCACUGAUGAACUCUGUGUUUAAUGAACAUCCUUCCCGAAGAAUUACUGAUGAGUUUAUUGAGAAGAGUGUCUCUGAGGCUCUGGCAUCUUUCAAUGGCAACAGGGAGGAGGCUGACAACCCAAAUACAGGGAUAGGUGCCUUCCGGUUCAUGUUAGAAUCCAACAAGGGCAAGUCAAUGUUGGAGUUCCAGGAGCUAAUGACAGUUUUUCAGCUGCUCCACUGGAAUGGCAGCCUUAAGGCCAUGAGGGAAAGACAGUGCUCUCGGCAGGAAGUGUUGGCUCAUUAUUCCCAUCGGGCCCUGGAUGAUGACAUCCGCCAUCAAAUGGCACUGGACUGGGUGAGCCGCGAACAGAGUGUACCAGGGGCACUGUCUCGAGAGCUGGCCUCAACCGAACAGGAAUUGGAUGAAGCCCGCCUGGCAGGCAAGGAGCUGCGCUUCCACAAGGAGAAGAAGGAUAUUCUCAUGCUGGCUGCUGGCCAGUCGGGCAAUCUUCAUCCUUCCAACUGCUAGGCAUCCUGUCUCCCUCUACCCAGUCUCUCGGGGCUCUUUUUUUUUUUUCCUAGUAUGUUCUUUCUAAGACUUAGUAUGGUUUCUGUACAUACUUUUUUAUUUUAUACUUUAAAUACAGCUAUAUAUAUGUAUAAAUUCCUAUUUCCUAUCUGGACUCCUAUUUGCUAAAAGAGACCGCAAUUCUUUCUUCUAGUUUUUGGAUAUGGUUUCACUUGAAAAAUUUCUACUCCACUUUACAAGAAGAGCAAGCCCCUCCUUGGAACUCUGCUGGCUCUUACUCUUCCUGUGACUCUGUGUAGUUAUUUGAGUAACCAAGCAUUCAUGUUUCCUUUUAAAACAAUAGAAGCUUGGAUAAGGACUGUGUCCCCCACCCUCACUGUGAUUCCUAUUUUCUCUAAUGUUCAAAUAAGGUAUGAACACCGAACUUUAAAGAAGGCUUUUGGAUCAGCUUGAUCUGGGCCUGCUUAUAUGAAGUUGUUCAGCCAAGUAACUAGGUACUUCCUAGCCUAAACCACCCCCUCUCCACCACAUUAUUCCUUCUCUGCCUCCAAAUGGCAAGUUUUCCUUGCUUUAUUAUUUGGAGGGGAGUGGACAUCUGGUUUCUUAUUUUAAGCAUACCUGUGAAGAUUCCUAGGGGUGAGAGUUAUAAACACAGAUCAUAGGCGAGGAGUUUAUCAUCUAAGUUUUUUCUGGGCUAUCAAUACCAUCCUGUACAGUCAUCCAGAUUUCUAGAUGUAGCACACAACCCUACAAGGAGAGUGAGGGCUGAAGUUGCUUAUCUUUUAAUACUCUCUUUUUAUUCCCCCUUCUUUGCACACACAACUUAGAGACUGCAUUUAUACCUUCUUGACUAUGGAGAAUAGAGGGAUUGAAAUAUAUUCACGCCCCCCCCCCAUCAUUUUGCUCUUUGGAAAUACUAUCUGUACUCACUCUGCCGAGGGCCCUGAUUUUCUCAACACCAUUCAGUUGCUGCUCUUUACUAUAUUAAGUGUACAGACCUUAGAUUCACAUUUGUUUACUCUCUUGAUUCUUUCCUCUUCCUGUUGGUUAUUAGAACAUGAUUUGGUCAGGAAAGUUAGAUGUAACUUUGGCAUUCUGUCACUUCCUAACAGAAACCUUGGAAAAACUACAGUAAAGGAAAGGGAAUAAAAUGGCCAGCUGUUUGUAUUUUGAAGACUGUUUUUAAUACUUCCCUCACCUCUAUUCUGGAUGAAGUAAGAAAGGAUUGAUAUGAAACACAGCUAAAGCAUUCCUACUUAGGAGAAGUUUCUGGUAUCCUACUUGGGAUCCACUUUCCAUCUGCUCCUUGAUCUCCUUUAUAGUGUUAUAGCUGUGUUAUAGCUCAGCGUACUUUCUAGACUGAGCCUGGAAAUGCUAAUGCCCCUACAGUUAGACUCCUCCAUUUAGUGAUUAUAAACUUUGCUUUUAGAAAUAAGUGAGAAAGUAAGCUUAUUUCUUUAUGGGAUUGGUUAGGGACAGGAUGAAAGUCAAAAUCAUACUUUCAGAAUCAUCUUGGUAACUGAUAUGUAUUAGGACAAAGGUACAGAAUUUAAUGACAUUUGUAUUAAUGUUUUAAAGGCUCUUCCUUGACUUUUCCAAGCCCUGUCUCUAUAUUCUGUAGGGUACAGAGGUUGAGGUAGAUACCCCUACACAAAUAAUAAGUGUGUCUACUCAAUUUCUAAUAUUUAUAACCCAUAAAUUAAAAAUUAUCUUUUUCUCCUGUGCUCCUAUCUUUGGAGGAGUACUAAGGAGUAUGACUUGUGGGAAAAUUUUUGUCCUUGUACCACCUGGAUUUGUUUUUCUCAAACAUCAAAGAUCCCAAAGAACCUGAGGAAAAAUAUUCCCUGAUCUGUCCACUUUGGGUGUUAAUUUCACUUAUCCUUUAGUACUUUCCAUGUAUUUUCUAUGUAUAAUUUUAUAUAAUUAAAAUAGAUUUCUGUCUAGUGGG